AAUCGCCAGGACACUAAGUCGUUAGAGGAAUUGGCUUAGUGUCUCAUCCCGCUCAUCCCUGGAUUCCGGCGAGUCAGAGUGUGCGACCGACAUUGACUGUCGCUGCUGCGGACCUGAUCCGUGGAAGUUUUUAAUUUAACCAGAAACAUUAAUACCAAAAGAAAAAAAAAAGAAGGAGAAAAAAAAUUCAGGAGAGGAAGAGAAAGGAAAAAAGAAUUAAAAAAAUAACGAAACAAAAAAUAAGAGAAGAAAGCUUGUGGCCUGGCUCAACCAUUGAUUGACCUUCCUCUUGCUCUUAUCGACCGACAUGGACCCCAACGUUCCCGGAUUCCCUUCUGCGAUGCAGCAGACCGCGGGUUUUCCUGUCACUCCCCAAAAUCCACAGCAGUUCCCCUACUAUCCGAAUGCCAUUCCCCCGUUUCCCCAAUCCAAAGCUGUCUCUCAUCCUCCACAGCAGCAACACCAGCAUACUCCUUUCGGUGCCGUGCCCAUGCAGGCCGGUCCUAGUGGAGCAAUGAUGCCGUCCGGGUUCCCCCAGCAGUCAUCCGGACCCCACGCCAACUUCUCUGCACCAUUUGCCCAGCCACCUGUGCCAGCAACGUCUAUGAGCCAGUAUCUCCCUCCCCAGGCGACUGCGACAUCGACUCUUCCCGCAACUUCAGCGCAAUCCUUUCCGCCCAAUAUGGCAUCGGUACCGGCGACUAACAUGAUGCCUGCGCAACAGCAACAGCAACGAGCAGCGCCCCAGCAGAACCCAUUGUCAAGCUCCGCCCAACCUGCUCCUCAGUCACCUGCGACGACUGCGCGCGAGAAGGCUCGCGUGUCUACGCUGCUGGACAUAAACUCGAUGUUGCUGCAGGAAGUUAUGAACCUUCAGGCAGCUGGCAAGGCUGGUGCGCCUUCGCAAGGAGCGUCAGAGUCGAACCCGUCGCCUGGUUCAGAUCAGACCUCGGAUAAGCCCACCCAGCGGCCAAGCGCAGAAUAUCUCGAAUGUAUGCGUCGGUUACAAGCCAACUUAGGGUACCUUGCAACCAUUGCCGACCGGGCUAAGAAAUCAGGGGGUGUUCCCCCUGCCGCACCGGCGAUCAUGUCACCGCCUCCAAACAUGCCUUCAAUGAAUGAAAUCUACAAUAAACUCAACGAGCUCUUCCCUCGGGCCGCGCAAGGUGGAAUGGGGACACCCCAGCAGAGCCCACAAUCAUUGCAUGGCAAUGGCCGGCCCAGUCCUUCUCCAGCCGUUGAACACGUUGUUUGAAGAGGUCAAAAUGACAACAAAACAUGAUGUGUUGCGCGUAGUGCGAACUCUAUGGGGAGCUGAGCGUACUGGCUCAAGGUAGAGAGCAAUCGACCGUCGCUCCUGCAUCCCGCCUAUACGCCCAUGGUUGCAUGAGGCCCCUGCCCUGACCGGCUUUUCACUCAAG